AUGCUGAAAAUAUCCAGUGCGACACUUUGCCUUUGUUUUUUGAUUGUGUUGGAGACAACAGUUUUCUUCGCAACUUGCUCACCGGCGGCUAACGUUAAAGGUUUCGACGAGGAUGCUUUCACCAUCCAGCACUCGAGCACAGGGAAGUGCCUAGUUACAGGGGCUUCUGCAGUAUUGAGUCUCACCUCCUGUGAUCAAAACAGCAGGUCCCAGCUGUGGAAGUGGGGUUCGGGUCAAAGGCUCUUCAAUGUGAACACGUCCCUCUGCUUGGCGUUGGACGUCCGCUCCAAGGCCUUAUCCCUGGUCGACUGUGGCUACAACAUCCUGCUGUGGUGGCGUUGCCUGGAUAGGGCUGUUUACACUACCUAUCAAAUGGGCCUGGCGGUCAUCGAUGGCAAAGUUGCCGCCAAACGGGACACUAUUGACACUUGGGUAAGAGGAGGAUCCCAGGACAACAUCUGCCAGAUGCUGUACCACGUCGUCUACACCACCGCUGGGAACUCUGCCGGCUCUCCCUGUGAGUUCCCCUUCAAAUACAACGGCAGCUGGCAUCACGGAUGCCUCCCAGAUGCAGAUUUCCCUGGACUGUCCUGGUGUGCCACCUCAUCAGACUACGACCAAGACAGAAAGAAGGGACACUGUCUAAUACCUGAAGAGGGUUGCCAGACUCUGUUUGCCGGGCCGGAAGGGGAAUCCUGCUAUGAGUUUGUUUCCAGUGCUGCGGUGACCUGGCAGGAAGCUCUGGAUUCAUGUCGUAGUCAGGGAGCUGAUCUGCUGAGUGUGUCUGAGCCGAACGAUCUCCACUCCAAAACCUUAUUGGACGGCCUUGAAGGAAUGCCUGAAAGGAUGUGGAUCGGGCUUCACCAGUUAGACACUUCUCACGGCUGGCAGUGGUCAGAUGGUUCCCCUCUCACCACUCUGCGCUGGGAAACAGGAAUGCCAUCCACCCCCAUACUUUUGGAGUUAGACUGUGGAGUCCUGAACUCCAAGCAGAAAUAUGAAUCUGAGGCGUGCAACAAACGGCUGCCGUACAUCUGCAAGAAGAGCGUCAAUGCCUCUCACACCGCAACAACAGAGUCGUUUGUAUAUAAAGAAACGGCGUGUGCAGACGGUUGGGUCCCAUGGAAUGGCUGGUGUUACAAGUUGGUUAAGGACGAGCCUCUAGACUUUACAGAUGCCCAGAUGCACUGCAACAACACAGAGGGAGGAGGGGGAGGCUUUCUGGCUAGCCUCCACUCUAUUGACAGCAAGGAGAUGAUCAGCACUAAUUUCCAUGCAGAUUGCAAGUUGUUGGACGUGUGGAUCGGUCUGAUCGGUAACGGAAUUGACACCACCGUCUUCAAGUGGAUCGACGAGGCACCCGUCACUUUCACCUACUGGGACCAAAACCAACCAGUCCAGCCCACUCUGAAUACCAGCUGUGUCUUCUACUCUGGAGAGCAUCAUGGUUGGCGGGUUGGGGACUGCAAACAGAGGCUACCUUUUAUGUGUCAGAAGAAAGGAGAUGUCAAGGAGCCAGCGACACAGGACGGAUGUAGCUUUGAGGAUGGUUGGAGGAGACACGGCAACUCCUGUUAUCAAGUGAACCCAAAAAAAGUACCCUUCAAAGAUCGCUGCAACAUCACUAUAAGAAACAGGUUUGAGCAGGCCUUUAUCAGCCGUCUACUUGGAGAGCAGAUGAAGAUGGAAACUCAGUAUUUUUGGAUAGGGCUGCAGGACAUUAAGAACACAGGGGAGUACCAGUGGCUGAGCCAGGAGGGGUCCCCGGGUGUGGUUACAUACACCAACUGGGGCUGGUUCGAACCAGAUCGGGUCGGAGGUUGUGCAGUGAUUUCCACCGCAAAACCCUUGGGCAAGUGGGAGGUGAAGAACUGUACCAUUUUUAAUGCCGGCACCAUUUGUAGAAAAGACCUCAGUCCAGCCCUAGAACCAGAACCAGAGCCGAACCCCAACGUAACCUGUCCAGAUGGAUGGGUGUCCAGACCAAACAUCAGAUACUGCUACAAGGUGUUUCAUGAGGAAAGGCUGAGCAGGAAGCGCUCCUGGAAGGAAGCUGAGAUGUUCUGUCAGGCUCUGGGAGCCAACCUGCCCAGCUUCACUAACAAUGGUGAGAUGAGGGCCCUGCACAGCAUCAUGAGAGACACCAUCAGUGAUAAUCGGUACUUCUGGGUUGGCCUGAACAGGAGAAACCCAGCUGAUCGCUCCUGGCAGUGGAGCGAUGGCCAGCCUGUGUCUAUGGAUGUUUUACACCAAGAUUUCCAUGAGGAUGAUGCAUACAGUCGGGACUGCGCUGCAUUCAAGACAUCGAGGAGUACCUUGAAACACCUGUUUGUGUUUCUGCUGCACGACUUACCUCCGACACCUUUCUACGCCAGACCAUUUCACUGUGACGCCAGGCUAGAGUGGGUGUGCCAAAUACCCCGCGGAAAGACACCAAAGAACCCAGUCUGGUACAAUCCCGGUGGACACCAUGAGACCUCUAUCUUCAUAGAUGGAGCAGAGUUUUGGUUUGUUAAUGAGCCUAAGCUAACUUUUGAGGAGGCAAAGCUGUUUUGCAAUUUGAAUGACAGCAAACUGGCUGCACCACUCAGCUCAACUGCUGCCGGACAGAUCAACCAGCACCUAAAAGAUAUGAAUUCAAGUUCUCCCAAGCAAAGCUGGUGGGUCGAUUUGACAGAGCCUUCCCGGGUAUUCCCCAUGACGUACGUCCAGAUGUACUUCUACCAUUCGGCUUUCCUGGGCAGAUGCACCUCCAUCAGUUCUGAACGCUUCUUUCCAGAGCAUGAGCGCAGUUGCGAUCAGCGAUUGUCUUUUGUGUGUGAGAGAUACAACAUCACUUCAGUGGAGCGAAACGCUCUGGAUCCUCAACCUGGAGGACUGCCCUGUGAAAAUCCAUCUUUGCCUUUCAGAAAUAAGUGCUACACACUGAUGAGGAGCCAGAAGCCUGUGACAUUUCAGUAUGCAAAUGACGAUUGCCAUUCGGUAAGGGGAACCCUGGUCACUAUUUCAGAUCAGGUGGAGCAAGACUUCAUCACCACCCUUUUGCCGGAGCUGAGAAACAUGGACAAUAUAUGGAUUGGUCUAAAGAUCAAAAGUAACGACCCUCAAUGGGUGGACCAGACCCCAGUUAACUACGUACAUUUUAACCCCCUGCUUCUGGGCAUGCACAAGGCCAUACAAGUCAACUCAUGGGAUUCAGAGAGUAUGGAUCUGUGUGUGUUUUUGGUGAAUAACCCCAACUCUGCCAUGUUGGGUACCUGGGACUUUUCUUCCUGCACAGACAAAAACAGAAAAAAUGUGGGCAUUUGCCAGCACUAUGCAGAUAAACUAGAGGAGCCCCACAUCCCAACAGAGCCAUUCCAGGCCAAUAACCACACCAUUCUGCUGCUGGUCAAAAACCUCACCUGGUUUGAGGCCUUAGAGCAGUGCGAUAGUAAAAACAUGGAACUGGCAAGUGUGGCCGAUACCCUCCUGCAGUCCAUCCUCACUGUGCAUGUGAGCCGUGCACGCACGCCCAUGUGGAUCGGCCUCUUUAGCGAAGACGAGGGAAUCCACUACCGCUGGACUGACCACAGUCACACCGUAUUCAGUCGCUGGUCUUCUGAUGUCACCAGCGGCUCGUGUGUCUACCUGGACACCGAUGGCUUCUGGAAAGCCACCGAGUGUGAGGAGGAGCUAGGAGGAGCUAUCUGCCACAAACCACACAAAGAGAUCAUCACCACACCUGAUGAGGUUGCAGUGAAGUGCCCCCAUAAGAUGAAUGGUCCAAACUGGAUCCCCUUUAAGAACAACUGCUACUCCUUCCAGCUGGUCGGCACCAGGUGGGACCAGUUUGACCAAGGACAGAUUCUGGAUACCUGCAAAAAACUGUAUCCAGAUGCAGACAUUCUCACCAUCCGAAAUUCAGAGGAGAACGAAUUUGUUACGCAGCAACUCAUACCGUUUCAAAACUUGGUCCAGUUUGUAUGGCUGGGGCUGUUCAAAGAUGAAAACGAUAACCAGAUGAAGUGGUACGAUGGCACAAAUGUCCAAUACUCCAACUGGGCAAAAGGCAGACCAGAUGUAGACGGACCAUUCAUGGCUGGUCUCACCGUUGAUAACAACUGGAUUCUCAUCUCAAACCCAAACUUAUUCGCAGAGUUCAAACAAAGGACCAUUGUGACCUGCAAACUGGACAACGAACCAAAACAGGAGUACAACGUGUCAUCCAAGGAUUUACGACAUUACGGCAACUUAACUUAUGAGGUCGUAACCCGAAAAAUGAGUUGGUACCAGGCUCUGGCAGCGUGUGGUCAGCAUGGAGGCCACCUGGCAAGUGUCCACGACAUCCAGCACAGCGCGCACGUGAAGCUCAUCGCUAAGACGGACGGCUUCUCGCUCUGGAUUGGCCUGUCGAACCAGGAUGUUAGUGACUCAGCCUUUGAGUGGUCUGAUGGAACGGGACUGGACUACAAAGCCACCAUCUCUGACUCUUUGCAGGGCUCCAGCUCAGACAAACAAGAGGCCAGCUGUGUAUUUGUAACCUCUGCCGGAGCCUGGAUGAGAACCGGCUGCAACAUGUUGGUAGACGGAGCCAUCUGCUACACGACCACCUUCACCACCCCGUCCCAGACGGCCAGACAGCAGGUCGCCCCAGAGACCAAUCACUGCCCCCAGAGCAACGGUGUGUCCACGUGGGUGCAGCAUCAGGAUCACUGCUACGCCUUCGACAUGGGCUUCUACAACUACAGCGUGUACAGCAUGGAGAAGGCCCGCAGCAUCUGUCAGAGCAUGGAUGCUCAACUGCUGACCUUAAACUCCAAAGAGGAGAACGACUUUGUGUCAAAGUACAUGUCUGAUGACCCUCUCAUCACCAGCCGAGUGUGGCUCGGCAUGGAGCUCGACGCUCAAGGUAAGCCUGUAUCCUGGCACGAUGGCUCGGCUCUGGCUUACUCUAACUGGAAGUCGGCUGCCUUGGUUACUGGGAAGACGUCCGAGCACUACUGUGCCGUCAUGAUGGCAGGAGAUAAAGGAAUCUGGAAAGUUGUCAGCUGCGAGACUAGCCACAGUCGUAUCGUCUGCAAAACGGACGCAAAGUCCGGAGGCUCCCCCGUGGCGUUGGGUCUCUUCGUCGUGGUCAUCCUCGCUCUCCUUUCAGCCAUCGGCUUUAUCUUCUAUAAAAAGAAAAGAGCCCACUUCUCUUCUACCGUCCGCUACAAGAGGACCUUUGAUGAUUCAGACGCCACCAGUAUUAUAACCGAAGCUGACUGAGCUUGCUGGAGUAAUCGGCCUCAGGGAGUAUUAAUGUGCCUUGUGUGCAUUUUAGUACUUUACAGCAAGAGUAGAUGCUGCCUUCCCCUUUUUUUUUUUUAAAUUAUUAAUUUAUCCUGCUCAAGCCUGCAAACUUCCUAGAAUUGUGUGUAAAACUGUAAAUAUUGUUAGAGAAUUGUGAAUAUCCGCCAACUCAGUGUCUUAAUUUUGGUUAUUUUAGAUGUGUGUGUUAUGAAGAGCCCUGUGUUACACCUAAUGUAAAUACUGGGACUGAUGCUCUCUGGUAAAUGUUGAUCAUUAAUAUAAGUGGGAUUGUUUUUGUUUGCCGUUUUUGUUUUUAGAUUGUAAAAAGAUUUUGAGUUGAUUCGUGUAAUUGAUGCCUUAAAUUGCACUGAUGUAUGAGUGACUCCAAACUAUCAGAAACAAAACACACACUUUGGUUGUUUACUGUGUAUAGCGUUACUCUAGCUAUUCCAGUUUUAUUUUUCAACUUCAGAAGUUUUGAUUUCCACAUGGUUACAAUUAAUAAAUACAUAAAAUAGACUUAUAAAAGGCCAGUUCACCUGAAGAUACAGUAAAACCUGUUUUCUUUGACUUGGGAGUGAGAGAUAUGCCCUAUAACUGUCUGCAAGCAAAAGGAAGAAACUAUAGACUGGCUCUUAUGUUAAUGUUUAAUUAUAUUCUAUGAGAAACUUGGCUGUUAAAUUUUUUUAUAUUUAUAAAUUUUUCAUUAAGCUCCACUUAUUGGUCUGAUACAUUCAAACUUCAGCAAAUCAUAUUAAAACUAUCUGCAUUGAGAUAAUGCACUCUGAUGAAGAAAAUGCAUUAUGCUGUAUGUUUAGUUGCACUGUGCCUUUAAAUAAGUAGAAACAAAAUGUGAUUGAUGAUCUCACUGACUGUGCCUUUUAACAUCAUUACUUCAGAAGAAAUGGGAGUUUCUAAGCCACUGGAUAGGGUUAUGUUUAGUGUAUUUACUGAUUAAGUUGACUUAUUAAUACCUAAUGUAUGUUUUAGUUGUAAAUCUGAAAUUUUAGUCCUGCUGAUUAGUUUUCAAAGUGUAGGACACUGUCUUAGCCUGAAAAGGAUUCAGACAUCUGCUUGUAUAAUGUCUGUUUAUGUACAGUAGAUCUGACUUUCCUAUGCACGCAACUACUGAGCAAGAACGCACUUUAAAUGGAGCUACAGUUCCUUCUAUGUUUAAGCACAAUGAGGUUCGGAGUUUUUAGGGACGUUCAAAUUGCACUGGCGUUUGCUUUGAAUGCUUUGUAAAUAUGUUUUUAUAACCAUGAAUGAACCAAAGAUGCUCUGAGUCGUUUGAAUGUCAAAAGCUUUCCUUUCACUUUGUGGAACUGCCAUUGAACGGCUCGUUAAUCCAUUCAUAUCAAACUGUAAACCAAAUGUUAUUGGGUUGUUUUGUUUUUUUUUAACUUCCGAUCAGCUCAAAUCAGGUACAGUAUCACUCCAAUAAAAAUGUCCUGCCUUCAAAGA